UCAUACAGUGUAAUAAUUGACAGAGUUACAAUUUAUUGUAUAUCUGCACAAUAGUUUAUGGCUUUGCAAGAUGUAUGCGGCUUGCACAACCCCCCUCUGUUCCCUCAAUGGACUGCUCCACUCUCACGGUCCUUUAUGCCGGAAGAUUCCACUCAUCUGUCCGGAGGGGGGAUUCACGGAGAAGCUUUUUCUACACGGCUGCCUGGGAGGGGCGGCUUGAGUCCUCUGGAGUUUUACAUGCCGAUAGCUGAAUACCUCACAGAGAGCCCAAUAAACUUUGGUCAAACUAGCCUCAGUUCAGCGCCGACGAAGUUACUGGAAAUAGACCACCUAUACCCCUCACUGCCGUCCAUCUCUCUUCCUCCACCCACACCUUGCCCCAUCUCUCCCUCCGUUCCGUUACCGUUCACUCUCUCUCACGGCACCACCACUCUCGGCUUCGCGUUCCAGGGAGGAGUGAUUGCCGCAGCCGACACGCGUUCCAGCUGCUCGGGGCUGGUGGCCUGUCCCGCGUCCCCGAAGGUCUUACCCAUCCACUCUCACCUGGUCGGCACCACCUCGGGGACAUCAGCUGACUGCGCACUCUGGAAGCGCAUUUUGUCUCGGGAGCUCAGGCUGUACCAGCUACGACACCGCCGGAGGCUGUCAACAGGGGGCGCUGCCAAACUGCUGUCCCACAUGCUGCAUCCAUUCAAAGGCACGGAGCUGUGCGUCGCAGCCACACUGUGUGGAUGGGAUGGGGACGAAGAAAAACAUGAGCAACCAUUUACAGAGAAACAUGCAAAUACUCCAACCAAUCAAAUGACAGCCAGCGAUUCAAGCGGCCAAUCAGCAGCGAGUGUUGCCUCAACUCCUCAACAUGCAAAUAUUCCAACCAAUCAAAUGACAGCCAGCGAUUCAAGCGGCCAAUCAGCAGCGAGUGUUGCCUCAACUCCUCAACAUGCAAAUAUUCCAACCAAUCAAAUGACAGCCAGCGAUUCAAGCGGCCAAUCAGCAGCGAGUGUUGCCUCAACUCCUCAACAUGCAAAUACUCCAACCAAUCAAAUGACAGCCAGCGAUUCAAGCGGCCAAUCAGCAGCAAGUGUUGCGUCAACUCCUCAACAUGCAAAUACUCCAACCAAUCAAAUGACAGCCAGCGAUUCGAGCGGCCAAUCAGCAGCAAGUGUUGCCUCAACUCCUCAACAUGCAAAUGCUCCAACCAAUCAAAUGACAGCCAGCGAUUCAAGCGGCCAAUCAGCAGCAAGUGUUGCCUCAGCACCUCAACCACUGAUAGCUGCUACUGCUCAACAAGUCGUCAGAAGUCGUUCGAGAAUUUGCGGCCCACGAGUUAUUUAUGUGUGCAGUGACGGGCUGCGCCUGCAGGGGGAGCUGUUCUCUGUGGGCUCAGGGUCUCCCUACGCAUACUCGAUCCUGGACAGCAGUGUUUACUGGGGAAUGAGCGUACAAGAGGCCACUGCCGUUGCCAGGGAGGCCGUGUACCGUGCCACCUACAGAGACGCGUACUCGGGCAAUAAUGUCGAUCUCUAACAUGUGACCGCCAAAGGGUGGAGACGCAGAGAGAGGGAAAACAUAAAAGAGGAGUAUUACAGGGAGAA